GGAAGAGAUUGUCUUUCUCCCGUGAACAUCACGAACUUUUCGCCGAACAGAACGUCCCGUCACGGCGCUUCUCGGGGACGAGGUCCCCUCUCUUACGAGAAUCAUAAGAGGUCCGACUGCCCCUCGACCCGGGCGCGAAAAUUAACAGCCAAUCUUGUGCGGACGACCCGAGGGACCGUGGACUUCAGCAGGAUUUUGGACGUCGAUGGCCUCACAUCGUAUCGGAAUUGGACGCUAGCCCGGAUUUGGUUAUAGCUGCUGCGUUGUCACUUCCUGCCCAGGAAGCGAACCGCUCAGCAUCUUCUGCCCACAUUUGUUUAACUCUUUUCCCCUCUCCUCCUCACGUUGACUCUACCAAAAUCGACCACACUCGCCACCAUCAGAACCGCUAUUACGACACAAGUUUCGUGCGGCAUAUCACCAAUCCUCAUCAAUAAUUAGAUCUAUCAGAGCCCUCGCUCAGGAUGACAAUUCGGAGCCCAGACGGAGCCUUUACCAGCGUAUCACUCUUCGACUCACCACCGGAGGCUGAUUUCUACAUCUCCAACAUCACUGAGUGGCGAAAGGAUAUUCCCACACCCGUUGGCUCUGGACAGGAUCUUUCCUUUUCUUCCGAUUUCCAGGACAUGCAAACUGAGCUGUUUGACUUCAAGGACACUGCCUCCCAGUGCAGCAUGGACAGCACAUAUCAGAGCCAGACUAGCGCAAGCCGGCGCGGAACCAAGAGACAACAGCCCUUCUCCCAGGAUAGCCAGAGCACAAUGGGUACCCACUUUGCUGGCAGCGACAUCUAUUCGCCAUCAAUGAGCUCUGACAGCCACAACGCCUUCAUGGAUAUGAACCAGAUGCAGCUCCCUGCUGCUUGGGAUGCCCAGAAUGGGUCUGGGGGAUUUGCUAACUACACUACUGGGCAGGACUUCUCCCUCUACCAAUCCUCGAACGUUGCACGACUUAACCCCACAUCCGCUGUUAACGUUUGGGGCCCCGUGGACUCCCAGUACCAGAACGCAUACAACUUCUCAUCCUACCCUACAGACUCGAUCGAGACGAUGUUCAGCACAGCAGCACCAGUUCAGCACCAGUGGGGCAACGUGCGCCCAACCCCCGUACGAGCCCCGUCGUCCUACACUGUACAUCAGGCAUCGCGACGGACUUCGUCCAACGAUGCUGGCUUCAACGCUUUCGUUGGUUCACCAACUAGCACAGCCAGCGUCCAGCUGCCUCAAGCUGUCGACCUUGAGCAGGCCCACUACAUCGAACAGAGGAACGGCACAGAGGAGAGCAAUUCCACCUCUCUUGCACCACAGUCCCUGAACGGACACGAGGAUGUCCAGUCGCCCACAGACGCGAUCGAGGCCAAGCUGGAAGAGGAGCGCACAAAGGUUGCCCGCAGCCACGCCCUAUACCAGCAAGGUCCUGACAAGGACGGCAAGUACCACUGCCCCGAGGAGGGCAGGCCCGGCUGCACCCACAAGCCUACACCUCUAAAGUGCAACUAUGACAAGUACGUCGACUCGCACUUGAAGCCAUUCCGUUGCAACAAGAAGACCUGCGUCGGCGUUCAGUUCUCCUCCACUGCCUGCUUGCUCCGUCACGAGCGCGAGGCCCACGGCAUGCAUGGACACGGUGCUAGGCCUCACCUCUGCCACUUCCAGGACUGCGAGCGUGCUGUCCCUGGACACGGAUUCCCUCGCCGCUACAAUCUCUUCGACCACAUGAAGCGUGUUCACCAGUUCGAGGGCCCGACUACCGAGCCUUCUCCACCUCUACAGGGCCAAGCCCCUCGCAAGCCUGUCUCCCGCAAGCGCAAGGCCUCUGCCGAAGACAUGCCUGAGAAACGCCCAAAGGUCAUCAAGCUCACUGCCGAGCAGCAGCUUCAGCAGCGUCGCGACCAGCUCGCACAGGACUUUGCCAGCAAGAAGCAGCAUAUCAUCGACUUCUUGACCAACCUCACUGGUCCCAACGAACUGUCCGACGACCUCAAGCUCAGCCAAGACGUCAUGGCACUACACGACAUCAGCACCAAGUUCAAGCACGGCGGCUGAAUGAAGCUCAGAUGCCUGUGGACUCUGGUCUGCUCGACGCCUGAGCAAGGUUUGUUUGCGCCCGGACUCCUCGACACUUCUUUCCCCACAGCCUGGCAUGUUUGUACCCUGCAUGCCUUGCUCUUUGCUGCGUUCUCCACAUGCCUGGAUGGAUCUCCCGCCCCAGCGGAUGUUGACUUCCCACAUGUAUGGAUGCCCUUCCCAGGAGGAUUACCCUGCCUACAGGAUUUGUCCCUGCCGUGGACUGGAUACCAUGGAUUGCCGGACCUGGACCGCUUGAGCGCUUUGCGCGACAGCAACCCCUACAGGUGUAGAGGGACAUAGCUCCUGCGCAUUGCAUCAGGAAUGGCAUGAGUGUAGACAUGGACGAUCCUAGAUUGAUCAAGUUGUAUUGAUGCUUACUGGAGUUUGUGGUCAUCUGCUAGUAUUGGAAUUAUUGGAGUUGGAAGCUAGGCCAGAUUGGUCGUUAAUGUAGAGUGCAAUCUGUG